AUGACAUCAGAAGCUCAAUCGACGGAACUUAAUGAUACAGAAAUACUUGAAUUAACAGAAAAAAUAAAAGAGGAAGAAAGCAGAGGUAGUCCAUUAAUCGGUGUUUUAGAGGAAAUGCCAGCUUUAUUGAAAGAAUACGAGAAUGGAAAUGAAAUAUACAAAAAUAAGAUUAACAACCUGAUAACAGAAGGUUAUAACCACUUCAGAAGAAUAAGAGGAGAUGGUAAUUGCUUCUAUAGAGCUAUAACUUACGCUUUCAUUGAACUCGUAAGCAAAGAUAGUCAAGCAGCUACAUCAGCAAAAGAGAGACUUGAGAAUGUUGGCAUACCACUAUUGUCUGAAUUAGGUUUUGAUAGUGAUAUUAUGCUCGAUUUCUACCAACCACUCCUUAGUAUUUUAGAUAACGUAAAAGAUCCUUCAAUCUCUAUUGGCGAUUAUCUUAAAGUUACACUCAAUGAUGACGAAGAAGUUAGCAACUCUAUUGUCGUUUUCAUGAGGUAUCUCACUUCCGCUACGAUAAGAAAAAACGCCGACGAUUUUAUACCCUUUUUAUUUGCUUACGAAGGUGAUCUACAAUUAGAUGAUGAAGGUAUGCCAGAUAUAAAGAAAUUCUGCGAAACAUAUGUUGAGGCAUUUGGCAAAGAAGCUGAUCAUUUGCAAAUGACAGCUUUGGGCAGAGUUUUAGAUCUUGGUUUGAAAGUAUGUUAUCUUGACGCUAGUGAAAGGCCAACGGUUGAUUGGCACACACUUAACGAAAAUAGCAAGACAAUCACACUAUUAUACAGACCUGGUCACGUUGAUUUAGUAUAUAAGUGAAUCUUUUUGUUCAUAUGAUAAUUAUUGAAAUUACGACAUUCUCAGAAUAUACCUCCAUUUAAGCUGAAUGAAAAAAAAACCUUACUGUCUUCUAUGUUAAAGUUU